AUGGCAACUAAGUGGGAAGAACGUGCCGCGGACAAGAGAAACCGCAUCGACGACUCGAUACCCUCGGAAUGGAAGAUCCAAAACCUACCAACAGACGACUCAGUCUUCGACUUUCCCCAACGGUCAGGCUUGCUCUCGGGCCAGGAGCUUACUAUCACACAAUCUAGUGCGACGGAUUUGGUCAAGAAGCUAGCUCAGGGUGAGCUCAAGGCCGUCGAUGUGACAAUUGCUUUUUGUAAAAGGGCGGCCUUGGCACAUCAGUUGGUAAACUGUUGUCUAGAAUUUUUCCCCGAAGCCGCGAUUGCGCAGGCAAAGGAGCUUGAUGCAUACUAUGAGAAGCACAAGAAGCCCAUCGGCCCCCUUCAUGGGCUUCCUAUCUCUCUGAAGGAUCAGCUACGCGUGAAGGGACUCGAGACUUCCAUGGGAUACGUAUCCUGGCUAGGAAAAUACGACACAACCGAAUCUGUCCUCGUAACUCUCCUUCGAAAAGCCGGUGCCAUCUUCUACACCAAGACUAAUGUCCCUCAAACACUGAUGGUCUGCGAAACUGUCAAUAAUAUCAUUGGAAGGACCGUCAAUCCACGAAACAAGAACUGGUCUUGCGGAGGGAGCUCUGGAGGCGAAGGUGCUAUGGUUGGUAUCCGAGGAGGAGUUAUUGGAGUUGGGACCGAUAUCGGUGGCUCUAUCCGUGUGCCUUCUGCAUUCAACUUCCUUUAUGGCAUCAGACCAAGCCAUGGCCGCAUGCCCUAUGCCAAGAUGGCCAAUAGUAUGGAGGGUCAGGAGACUGUACACAGUGUCGUCGGUCCCAUUGCGCACUCUGCGGAAGAUUUGAAACUGUUUCUUACUUCAGUGCUGGCGGAGGAGCCGUGGAAGUAUGAUCCCAAAGUCGUCCCGAUUCCUUGGAGACAGGCCGAGGAAGAUGCUGUCAAGUCCAAGCUGCAUUCGGGUGGACUCACGCUAGGAUAUUUCUCAUGCGAUGGCGUUGUUCUUCCCCACCCGCCAAUCCUCAGGGGCAUUGAGAAGGUCGUGUCAACUUUGAACCAAAACGGUCAUUCCGUUCACCCAUGGACACCAUACAAGCACGACUUCGGACACGAUCUCAUCAAUAAUAUCUACGCUGCAGAUGGCAGUACCGAUGUCCUGAGCAACAUCAACGCAUCCGGCGAACCUUCGAUUCCCAAUAUCAAAGACCUCCUAAACCCAGACAAGGGCCAAAUCAACAUGAACGAGCUCUGGGACGUCCAUCUCAAGAAAUGGGACUACCAGAGCGAGUACCUCGACAAGUGGCGGGAAUUCGAAGACCGAUUGGGCAAGGAAGUAGAUGCCAUCAUCGCCCCGAUUACUGCGACGGCCGCCAUCCGCCACAAUCAAUUCCGGUAUUAUGGAUAUGCCUCUGUGAUUAACUUACUUGACUUUACGAGUGUUGUUGUUCCUGUUACGUUUGCGGAUAAGAGUGUUGAUGUGAAGAAGGCUGACCAUCAGCCACUCGGUCAGUUGGAUGCUGCUGUUCAGGCUGAGUAUGAUCCCGAGGCGUAUGAUGGGGCUCCUGUUGCGGUGCAGGUCAUUGGGCGCAGACUGACUGAGGAGAAGACGUUGGCUAUUGCGCAGGAGAUUGGGCGACUACUUGGGAACGCUGUCACGCCUUAA